AGCCAAGAUGAAAAAGAAAUGGCAAAGAAUGGAGAACGACUGUUCUCAGCUCUUUCAGCUGUGAUCCUAGACAGACUGGUCAUGUAUAAAUAGCUGUCCACGCAGUAGAGUCAGUGUCCAGUAACUCAGUGGAGAGAGAGAGAGAGAGUGUGUGUGUGUGUGUGUUCUGGGCAUUUCUGGUGGAAUAUAUCGGGCACACAGUUCAUCUCUUUCUGUGGUUAGAGGGAGAUUCCGCAGAUUCGGGAUCCAUCCAAGAAACACCACUUUCUCUCUUGAUUCUCGGGAAAAAAGAAAAGAAAUAUAGGCCUGCAAAUCUUGAAUAUAAGGGAAUUGAUUGAUGAGUCCUUCACACGAGUCCAUACGUCCCUGAUUGGAUCUCCUACAUAUUCUUUUCCGGGAUUCGUUUUCGGGUGACUUCUUUGUGUUCAUCAAGGACUGAGUCUGUCGAGUUGCACAGGAGAGAGGGAAAAAACAUGAAGAAUUCAGUUUCUGAGCAGAGCUUCUACAUUGAAAGUGACGAGGAAGAAGAAAGGGAUGAAGAGAAUGGGUUUGGCAAAGGCGGCGUCCGCGGUGACGGAAAUGAAUCGGAUUCCUCCGCUUCCUCGGCGGAGAACCGCCAUCAGAACAGGCCCAGCUCUUACAACACCUCCUGGCCUCAAAGUUACAGGCAAUCCAUCGAUCUCUAUAGCAGCGUGCCGUCGCCGAACAUCGGAUUCCUCGGAACCACGCCGCUGUCAAAACUAAGCGGCUCAUUCCUCUCGUCGUCGACGCUGACACGGAGACACACUCCGGAGAUACUGUCGGAGGUUGCAAAGCCGCUUCUGCCAGAGCAGGAGGAGGAGCCGCUGCAGCAGCGGCGGAGCUCUCGCGCACUGCUCCCUCCACUACCGCGGAAGGCAUCGGUCCGGAAGGAUGAGAAACCGUCCAAAGGGGCUGCCCACGAGCUGCCAAUGUCUCGCCAGAGCUCUUACGGACAAGCUGUGCUCAAUGGCAUGAACGUUCUAUGCGGAGUUGGGAUACUGUCAACACCAUAUGCAGCAAAAGAAGGAGGGUGGGCCGGAAUGUCCAUAUUGAUCGUGUUCGGGGUGUUGUCCUACUACACCGGAAUCCUACUGCGUCACUGUCUGGACAGCCAACCCGGGCUUGAGACUUACCCAGACAUCGGUCAAGCCGCAUUCGGUACUCUCGGACGGAUUGCCAUCUCGAUUAUUCUUUACGUGGAAUUAUAUGCAUGUUGUGUGGAGUACAUUAUAUUGGAAAGUGAUAACUUGUCGUCCCUGUUCCCAAAUGCACAAAUCAGUUUGGGUGGAUUUCAUUUGGACUCGCAUCACUUGUUUGCUUUGAUGACCACGCUCGCUGUUCUUCCUACUGUUUGGCUUCGAGACCUCAGUGUCCUCAGUUACAUCUCUGCCGGGGGAGUUAUAGCAUCCGUGUUGGUUGUCCUAUGCUUGUUUUGGGUCGGACUUGUUGAUCAAGUUGGUUUCCAUGCCAAGAGCACGACAACGCUGAACCUUGCCACUCUUCCAGUCGCUAUCGGUCUUUAUGGCUACUGCUACUCCGGACACGCCGUAUUUCCAAAUAUCUAUACCUCAAUGGCUAAGCCAAGCCAAUACCCAUCUGUCCUUGUAACCAGUUUUGCCAUUUGCACUUUGAUGUACGCGGGAGUGGCCGUUCUGGGAUACUUGAUGUUUGGUGAAUCGACACAGUCGCAAUUUACGCUCAACAUGCCCCAAGAUUUGGUUGCCUCCAAAAUAGCUGUUUGGACUACGGUGGUUAACCCUUUCACCAAAUAUCCUUUUCAUAUAUCAUUUGGGACCACAUAUGCAUUGACCAUGUCUCCGGUAGCAAUGAGUCUUGAAGAACUCAUUCCAUCAACUCAUGUCAAAUCUUAUGCUUACUCUAUCCUCAUAAGAACUGCCCUCGUGUUAUCGACUUUGAUCGUGGCCCUAUCGAUCCCUUUCUUUGGUCUUGUGAUGUCACUUAUCGGAUCUUUACUCACAAUGCUUGUGACCUUGAUACUUCCCUGCGCUUGUUUUCUAAGCAUUUUGAGAGGAAGAGUGACGCGUUUUCAGGCGGCAUUUUGUUGCUUAAUCAUCAUAGUGGGGGUCGUUUCGUCGGUCUUCGGAACGUAUUCCGCCCUUUCGAAGAUCAUCGAGAACUUGAGCAGCUAAGGACUAUGAGAAGAGUUUUGCAGACGGAUGGGAGAUAUCUCUCUCACACACACACACACAUCACAUCUAUGUUACUCUCAAUUUUGACAGUUUUGAGUUUGUACUAGUACUCCUUUGAUGAUGUCUCUUUACCUAGUUAGUGAUCCUUUAUGAGUAUCAAUUUCAUCGAUAAUUUAUACAAGACACAUUGAUAUUA